AUGGCCUCCUCCCUCUCUUUCUCUCUAGGUGGCUCCUCUACAAAAUCUACCCAGCGACGCUCUCCGCCACCCACCAAAAGAACAAACGGCACGAAACGCGACCAUGCCGCGCUGCUCGAUGAUGCAAGCGACGACGAAGAUGCCAGCCAUGCGAAACGACAGACCAUUACACACUUCGACACUACGGCUGGAGGCGCUGUAGAUGCCAAGGCACCCAAGAAGGAAGAAAAAAAGCCACUGGUCAUCUCAGCACUCGCAAACAGGGACUGGAGGGAAGCAUCCAAACGACAACGAGCCCAGAAGUAUGGCAUUACCACCGAACAACUCGAUGCGCGGAAAGAGUCGGCGCAAAAUGCUGAAGGAGCGGACAAAGUGGUCAAAGAGACGGAUGCCGUCAAAUAUGGAUUGAACGUCUUUGCGCCUACCGUUGCUGCGUCUGCAGAGGAUACGCAGCAAGACCAUGAACCAGAACAGCAAGAGCAGAACAAGCCAGAGCUGCACAAAACAGCAGACCAACUCGCCAUCGAUGCCCUCACGGGCGUUGCUCCCACAUCCACUCUCACCAUACCCGCCUCGGCUGUAACAGAAGAAGACGCCUUCAACGACUCCUACCACUCCGCCCCUCCAGCGCCCUCACUAUCCGACUACGCCGCCGUCCCCGUAGAAGAAUACGGUGCAGCAAUGCUACGCGGCAUGGGUUGGAAAGGCCCCUCCUCCACUCCCUCCGCCCCUACGAAGAAUGGCAAAAAGCUCUCCCACCCGCAAAAAGACCUGCCUUGUUGGGCAUCGGUGCCGACCCAAAUGCGGCAGCCCAAGCAGAAGAAUUAG